AUGGAAGUGAACCUUGAUAAAGACCUUGCGAACAACCUAUAUGGAGUGUACAGGCUUCGUACCAUUGGAAGGGUUGGUACUCUGAUUGAUCCUAUGACGCCAACUGAAGGCGCUGCCUCUCUGUUCCUGCAGGCUCAUGCUCACAUUCAUGACCCUGCUCAGCAAGCAAGACUCCGUAAUAACCAUUUCGGGGAUUCCUUGAUGAAGGCCUGUUGCAGUAACCACAUACAGGCCCUCUCAUCAACUGGAAUCGUGCUAUCGAUGGCUGGCGCCAGUAGUAAGGUUUCUCAGCAAGGCAUCAUAAUUGAAAGCAGAGCCAGUGGUUUGAAAAAAACCAGUGAGGUUCAUCCAGCUCACGAGAGCCUCCAUAAUAACCUCUUGCAUCCAAAAGGCGAGGACUGGACAUAUAAAAAAUAUAAAAAAUGGCCUAGGCCAGGUCAAACCUCUGCAGGGCCUCAUGGUGACAGCUAUGACGGUAGCGAAAACGGCCAGCUAGAGGUGGAUGUAGGUGAGGGCGAUGGCCGAGCUAGGAAAAGUCGAGAAUACGCCAAGCUGGAGGAGUUUUACACCAGACUGGGGGUGGAUCGGCUUCAGUUCAUCAGCGAAUACCAGUCCAAGCUGAAGGCGGAUGCAUAUAUCGAGGAUUUAGCAACAGCAAUCAAAAAAAUUGUUGAUCAAUUUUUUGCACCUAGUUCAUCUGCGAGAAAUUUUCUAGAGGAGUAUGUGAGAGAUCAUGGAGAAUUACCAGUCACCACAGAGGGUGUCAAGGGUCUUCCAAGAAUAUCUAGAAGAGGAAAACCACUUGCUCCAAUGUCAAGACCAAGUUUACUAUUCCUCGAUUUACCAGCAUCAUAUCCAGAUGAUCUCACACCUAACCGCUUCAGAUCAAACGUUAUUCUCAACGCGCUGGAUAAUACAGCAUCGCGAGAUGUUCCAGUCUUUGGUGUGAGUGGCUGUGGAAAGACUCGGUCAGUCAUAGAAGUGCUCUGUCUGCAAUGGGGAUUUUAUUUCAAUGCUUCUGAUAGAGAUUUGGGAAGUGAUGAUUUAUCCUCACUAUCUGCCUCUAUCCUUGAUAAGACACAAGAUGAUGAUAACAAGAUAUCAAACACAGAAUCCAAUAUAAAAUUCGCAAAAAGAGUAACACUCUUGUUGUUCCUCUCACGUCUUUUGAUCCUCAACUUUUGCCUUUCAGUCCCAGGAUGUCGUCAAACAUUUCCCAGUGCGAGAUGGGCAAUACUCCAAGUAUGUCCCAACAUGUUUGAGGAUGUAUUCAUGAGGUUAUUCAAGAUAUUGUAUGAUACAUUCCAUGAUCGCAACAUAUCCAUAAUCACCUUGACUGCGGUUACAAGAAUGGAGCUUAUAUCAGCACGGGAACAUCUCCUUGACCUUCAGUAUCCAAAUUUCACUAGAAAGUCAAAACUUCGGCUUGUUGUGGAUGAAGCCCAAAUUCUUAGUGAUCAAGGCACUGAUAAGUUUGAUUCAUCAAGCCAAGGCAAGCUGCGGCCAAUGCUUUCUCCAAUUUUGCAUGGAUUCAGGCUACCUGACCAAAGAGAGGAGCUUACUGUCAUCUACUGUGGCACAGGUCUCAGUAUCCAACUUUACAUUGGGCCAUGGGCAGUUCAGAUGGAUCAGCUACAAGAUGAAGAAUCAAAAAAAUCAAUCGAUAUUCUUUUACCUUCAGAGGCAGUUGAUAUGCUCUACCAAAGACUCACUGGCAGGUUUAGACCGGUUGUGUUGGCAAUUGAGGAAAUAAUCAGAGCAGGACAGCCAAACAAAUGGGAGAACGCCAUUGAUACCAUUGAGAAGAAGGAGUUUGUUCUUGAUGAUCAAGCACAGCUAGUCGAGGCUGCAUUAGGCCGUAUUAGGAUGCUUGGAGGCAAAGCAAAGACUGUUCUCGAUGAGCCAUUUGUCCUAAAAUCAGCUAUCAACUAUUCUAAGGAGAUUGAUCCACUAUUUAUGAGUGCUGCAGAGCAGGCAAUUCUACACACAACCAAUGCACAAGCACAUAGAUCAAUGUGGGAGACAAUGAUGCCAGCUUUCUUUAUUGAAACAUUCAAAACCAAACCUCUAUCUUCUUGGCCACUUUUACCCAAUAACUGGAUCCCAGAGCAGUUGAGUGGAGAUGUCAAGAUAGUGGGCUACAAUGAUCAGGACCCUCGUCUUGCAAUAACAUACAAGGAUAUAACACUCCAAGGCUUUUUAGAUGUACAUUUAAGCAAUACCUCAAACCUGCACUUUGAUUACACUCCACCAUUUUACUUCCCUUCACCUAAUGUCAGUGCACCAGAUGUUGUUUUUUUGGUUCAAAUCCAGAGUGUGAUAUACCCUGUUUUUGUUCAAUCAAAAUUACGCCAAGUUAUUCCAAAGCCAGAUGCAGAUCAAGCUAUAACAACAACUAGCAUUGCUGUGAUUGCUUUCCAGACUUUCCGACCUGAUGCAGAUCCUGAACUCAGUGGAUUACAGAGAGUUGUUAUCAAAGUCGAUAACAACAAUUUCCCUAGUAUUUUCCCUGAGCGACAUGUUAAGUUCUUGGAUAAGCUAAAGAAUUUUAAAAGGCGAGCAUGA